GUGGUUAGCGAUACGCUGCUAGUCUGGUAUGCCUGGUUUAAGUACAGGUUCAUUAAACUUGAUUUGGUCACAGUAAGAAAACUUUGCUUUCACACAGUUGCUGUUGUCGUAGAAAAAUUUGAUAUGUAGACCAUCAAGUGUAACUCUUACCCCAUUUUUUUUCGCAUAUAUAUGGAGGUUGCGUGACUCGCAACAAAACAGGAAGCAGUAUCGUCACCAGACCAUACGAAUAAGCUGCCGGCAAGGUCCACCAUGAACUUGCAGAAAAAAAGAACGAAACCAGUUAGCCUGCGUAGCAAGCGUUUCCGUGGGGUUUGGAAGCAAAGAAAGACCGAGGAACGGGAUUUUCGGUGUUUUGUCUGCGCGGAAUAUGGGGCGAGAACCAAAAAAAAGAAGGAGAGGGGUGGGAGAGGGUUACUCACUCCAUUUUUCGCGCUGUGAUAUUCUUUGCUCCCAGAAACGCUUGCUACGCAGGCUAGAAACCAGUGUGCGGACAUUCUCGUCCCCAUAGCCCUUUUCGUUUCUCUUAGCCCGCGGGGCCUUGGCACCAGAAUCGUUUUUUUCGUGCCAAGGCCUCGCCGGCUAAGAGGAGCGAAAAGGGCUAUGGGGACGAGAAUGGUGUGCUGACCGAGCACGCUACGUAGUCUAAUGAAGUAUUUAUAAUAAUGGCUCUUUUUGCUAUGAAAGGGAACCAAUCAGAUUUUUCAGUUAAUUGAAAUAAAUAUCUGCUAAUUUGGAAAAACAUAUAAACAAUAACUUCACGCUAACUUCGCAUCAGGGCGCGAAAUCUGCCAUUCGUCCCCAUUCCUUUACUCGCUCUUCUAAUGACUAUUGUUCUCCGUCGCUGGGAAAGAUCGAAUGAUUUCCAUCACAAUCAUCAAAUUUUCAUUUUUAUUACAACUACACGCAGUAUUUCCUAAAACUGGGGCCAAAAUGUCGACAACGACUGCUGAAACAGAAAAAGGUUUUAUUCAAGGAAAAUUCCCUGAGGAUUUUAUUUGGGGAGCAGCUACUGCAGCAUAUCAAAUUGAGGGUGCCUGGGACGAAGAUGGAAAAGGUCCAAGCGUUUGGGACACGUUCUGCCAUGUCGGAGGGAAAAUACACAACAAUGAUACGGGCGAUGUAGCUUGCGACAGCUACCACAAAACGGAGGAGGAUGUUUCACUCCUAAAAGACCUUGGUGUUGGUUAUUAUCGAUUUUCCAUUUCAUGGUCCAGAGUAUUACCCCAGGGAACAAUAGAUAAAGUGAACCCCCUGGGAGUCGAUUAUUACAACAAAUUGAUUGACACACUGCUAGCCAAUGGGAUCAAGCCUGCUGUGACGCUGUAUCAUUUUGACUUGCCACAGGCUUUGCAAGAUGUGGGUGGUUGGCACAAUCCUAAAAUAUCCGACAUUUUCAAUGACUAUGCACAGUUCUGUUUUAAAGAGUUUGGAGAUAGGGUCAGAAUCUGGUUGACAAUAAAUGAACCUCAUGAGGAGGCACUAGAUGCAUAUGGUCUUGGUUCUUUUGCUCCUGGACUGAAAAACAUGGCAACAGGUCCAUACCUGGCUGGUCACAACAUGUUGUUGGCUCAUGCAAAAGCAUGGCACACUUAUGACAAGGAAUUCAGAAGAAACCAGCAGGGUAGGGUGAGUAUUGUGGUUAAUGCACAGUGGUUUGAGCCCAAGACUGACAGAGAAGAAGAUAUCAAAGCAGCUGAUCGUGGCAUGCAGUGGUUCUUGGGGUGGAUGGCACAUCCUGUGUUUGUCAAUGGUGACUAUCCUCAGGUCAUGAAAACACGUAUCAUGGAGAAAAGCAAAGCACAAGGACUGCCUUCCAGGCUUCCAUCUUUCAGUGAAGAACAAAAAAAAUUGCUCAAAGGCACUGCUGACUUUUUAGCUCUCAAUUUCUAUUCAGUGUCAUUUGCUGAACACCAUGAUUUGUCAUAUGAGGAAAAUGUGACAUGGGGCUACUUUACAGAUCAGGAGAUGAAGGCAUCUAGAGAUCCCAGCUGGCUGAAAGGUGAUCCCUCUUGGUUAUACUGUGUUCCAUGGGGCAUGCGCAAAAUGCUAGUCUGGCUGAAACAGCAGUAUAAUGAUCCAGAAAUAAUUGUGACUGAGAAUGGAUUUAGUGUUCAUGGUGAACAUGAUCGCAAAUUACCUGCUGCUCUCCAGGAUACAGACCGCGUCACAUACAUCAAGGGAUACCUCAAUGAAGCUUUGAAGGCAGUCAAACUUGAUGGUGUUAAACUAAAGGGUUAUUUUGUCUGGUCAUUGCUGGAUAAUUUUGAGUGGGAUGAUGGCUAUCGGUUUAGAUUUGGCAUUCAUCAUGUAAACUUUGAUGACCCCAAGCGGCCACGCACCCCUAAACUUUCAGCAGAGGUCUACAAGGAGAUUGUAGCAAACAAUGGCUUUCCUUAAUGUGCUGCUCCAGAAAAUACCAUUACCUCCCUACCCAUGGAGGGGUUUUUGCUCUGAACUACCCACCCUCUGGUAAUUCUAGUUUGUCCCAUCUUUCUUUAAAAGAUUUGGCCUUUUGUUAUUUAACUUUCUAAUGACACUCAGUUGGGUGGGUAAUGAUAUUUUUUGGAAUCGUACUAUGAAAGAUAAUAAUUUGAAGAAACAGUAUUUCUUCUAGUUUGAUAACAGUAGUAUAUUAAUCAAAUAAAACAACUUAUUCAAUUUGUUUUUCAAAACCAAAAAAAUUAUGCAAAACAUCAA